GUAGAAUCUUUCUCCAUUUAGCUCGUAAGCCGACUUCUCUCCACUUUCUCUCUCUUCCCCUUCCUUAUUUUCUCUCUCUAAAAAACCAUAGCCAUACUAGAGGAAGGGGUAAAUUUUGAAAUAUGAAUGGAGAUAUGAACCAACAACAACAACAGCAAUUGCAGCAACAGCAGCAGCAACAAUGGCUGGCGAUGCAGCAGUAUCAGCAGCAAUGGAUGGCGAUGCAGCAGCAGCAGUAUUCACCAAUGGUAAUGCAGCAGCAGCAGCAACAGAUGAUGUACGGUCAACAAUACAUGCCGUACUACCAUCAGAAGCAGCAGCAGCAGAUUCAGAUUCAGCAGGACGGCUCAAGCGAAGAUAAUAAGACGAUCUGGAUUGGUGAUCUCCAGCACUGGAUGGAUGAAACUUAUCUUCAUUCUUGCUUCUCUCAAUCUGGCGAGGUUAUUUCUGUGAAGGUCAUUCGAAAUAAGCAGACUGGUCAGUCUGAGCGUUAUGGAUUUGUUGAGUUCAAUACCCAUGAAGCAGCAGAAAAAGUUCUACAGAGCUACAAUGGCACUAUGAUGCCAAAUGCAGAGCAACCCUUCCGCUUAAACUGGUCAGCUUUUAACGCUGGUGAAAAGCGUGCAGAUGCUGGUGCUGGUUCUGGUUCUGACUUAUCGAUUUUUGUAGGAGAUUUGGCUCCUGAUGUUACUGACACAAUGUUGCGUGACACAUUCGCCAGUAGAUAUACAUCUGUUAAAGGUGCAAAAGUAGUAAUAGAUUCAAACACGGGUCGUUCAAAAGGCUAUGGCUUUGUUAGGUUUGGUGAUGAAAAUGAGAGGUCUCAGGCCAUGACUGAAAUGAAUGGUAUAUAUUGCUCUAGCAGGCCUAUGCGUAUUGGUGUUGCUACUCCAAAGAAACCAUCAACACUGCAACAAUAUUCUUCACAAGCUGUGAUAUUAGCGGGAGGACAUGCAUCAAAUGGUGCUGCAACCCAAACUUCCCACUCUGAUAGUGAUUUGUCAAACACAACAGUUUUUGUUGGAGGACUUGACUCUGAUGUUACCGACGAUGAACUCAGGCAGUCAUUUAACCAGUGUGGCAAUGUGGUCUCUGUGAAAAUACCAGCCGGAAAAGGAUGUGGCUUUGUACAGUUUUCGGACAGGAGUGAAGCAGAGGAUGCGAUACAAAAAUUAAAUGGAGCAGUUAUCGGGAAGCAGACGGUUCGUCUUUCCUGGGGUCGAAAUCCAGCAAACAAGCAGUUGAGGACUGACUCUGGUAGUCAGUGGAAUGGGAGUUAUUAUGGAAGGCAAAAUUAUGGGGGGUACGGAUAUGGUGCAUCGCAAAGUCAAGAUUCUAGCAUGUAUGCUGCUGGAGCAACUUAUGGGGCAUCUUCUAAUGGCUAUGGCAAUCACCAGCAGCCAGUUAGCUAGCUGAACUAUAGUCUGAGUGUGCUAUCUAUUUAGUUAGAGUUUGGCCAACUUUUUAUUUUCUUAUAACUUUUAUUUCUGGUGUGUUAUUUGAAUUGAUUUACAGGUUAUAGUGUUUGAUGAGGAUUUGUAGCUGUAUUGCCUUUAUGGUUUGAUGAGUGGUGAACUUAUUCGUCACCUGUUUCUCUUUCCUUC